GACACCGGAGGAGGCACGAGCGCAGGGAGACACUUCUGUCGCGUUGCAUCUCGACGAUCCACACACACACACACACACAGGAUUGGACUUUUAUCUUUAAUUCCGACUGAAAUCAAUGAAGGACAGACGGUCGUGUCAGAAACUAUCUCUGAAAUCCGGCAUGGAUCCCAGUCAGAGUGUGAAGUGUAAGAUAGUGGUGGUGGGAGACAGCCAGUGCGGGAAGACUGCCCUGCUUCACGUGUUCGCCAAGGACUGUUUCCCCGAGACCUACGUCCCCACAGUGUUUGAAAACUACACAGCCAGUUUUGAAAUCGAUACGCAGAGGAUUGAGCUCAGUUUGUGGGACACCUCAGGAUCUCCGUACUACGACAACGUGAGGCCCCUCUCCUACCCCGACUCCGAUGCCGUCCUCAUCUGUUUCGACAUCAGUCGCCCUGAAACUCUCGACAGCGUGUUGAAAAAGUGGAAAGGAGAAAUCCAAGAGUUUUGUCCCAACACUAAGAUGCUGUUGGUUGGAUGUAAGUCCGACCUGCGCACCGACCUGAGCACGCUGGUGGAGCUCUCCAACCACAGACAGACACCAGUCUCUUACGACCAGGGUUCCAGCAUGGCCAAGCAGCUCUCGGCGCCCUACAUCGAGUGCUCGGCUCAGCAGUCGGAGAACAGCGUCAGAGACAUUUUCCACGUGGCCACAUUGGCUUGCAUCAACAAGAACAGCAAAAAUUGCAAGCGCAGUAAGACCACCCGCGGAAACAAGAGGAUUUCACACAUGCCCGGUAGGCCCGACUUGGCGGCCGUGGCCUCGGACCUCCGGAAGGACAAAGCCAAAAGUUGCUCGGUCAUGUGACUGAUCAGACUGAGGAGGAUUAGACUGGGAACGAGGACAGAGCACAGUGCAAGCAGGAAGCUACGGGCCGACGCUCUUUCCUGCAUGUUAAAGACCCCUAAAUUGGGGUUUUAUAAGCUUCAAUUCAUGUACAUGUUACUGGAAUACUCUGCACCAGUGCAAACUCAAAGCGUAGUAGCGUCCCAACCCAUGUGGCCCCCCCUCCCCGCCCCACCAGAUGAGGAAGCUAUCUGUCAGCGAGCUACCUGCUCGGGGAAGUGACCCGCUUCCUCUGGGAGGACGGGGCGGAUGCGUUCGAGGCUCUCCACACCAACAGGAAAUGAGCAGGAGUGAUGUCAUUAGGAGACGCUCGAUUGUGAAGGAAGGGUUUAAAGAACAUGUGAUCUUUUGAGUCAGAGCCAAAGCCGGCGAUGGGGGGUUUGCUGCCUGGGAACAAAAAAAAGAAAAAGAGAGGAGCUGCUGUUGUUUGUGCUGGAUCAAAGACUGUUUGCUCGGAGGGCUUAUACACCAACUCGUCACUGUAGUUUGGAAGUGAUUCACUCUCACCCUGCUCCUGUAACUGUUAGUCUGUGUGCAGAGGACAUUAGAAGAGGAAUUUCUUAGUCCUGACAAAGGAAAAACCUGACGCUGUUUGUCCCCCGUCUCUGAUUUGUUGUCGGUAUAAUGUGAAGUCAUUGGUGUAACUGCAUCAUUGUUUUAUUUUAAGCUUCAUCCUCAUGAGUUGCAACCACGAACAGCUGAUCCGAGGAGCUGAUUCUUUGAGUUUAAACUGCCUGUUUGUAGCAGUCAGACCGCCAUUCUGUGCCCCUUUUAUUUCACAGCUAUAGAUGCAUAAAAGACUCUGGAGACGGAACUGUUCUCCACACUGACAGGUUUAUGGACCGCUUUAGCAGAAUGACUCAAAGCUUUAAUCAGCCUCCAACAAUCCCUCAAGUCUGUGUUUAUAUGCAAAUGCAACUUGGCCCUUCAAUUAGUGACAGUGUUUUGAAUUUAUAAAAACACAAAUAACUUGCAUAACAAGUUUUAAAACGCUUAAUGGAUCCUUAAUGGGCAGAAAAGCAACACAUAUCAAGUAAAAAAUGUGACUAAUUGUGUAAAAUUAGAACGUCCUAACAGGCUGACAGCCAGUUUGAGCUAUGAGUCAUUUUCCCACUGCACUUUAGGGAGGGAGUGGAAAUGUAAGCAACAAUUAAAAGCUUGUUUAUUAGCCUGUGAAAACAUCACAGCUCUCUGCUUUGCAUUUCCCUGAAGUGUUCUCAUAGAGGCCCGGUCACACCAGCAACUUCUCUGAUAAUCAGUUCAUAGUUUUAGUUCUAACUUCAUCACUAAUAGACUAAAUGAUUAACCAGCAGUAUAAUCGUUGAGUGAUCGGAGAUAAUUGCGCUGACAUGAUACACAAUAGUGUGAACUCAGUGGUGGGGCUUUGGGGGAGCAGAGCUGCAAGGAUGCAUUCAGACCACAUUUGCAUUUGAUGCGGUGGAAACGCCAGUAAUCCCAUUUAUUUAAGUGUGGGGGAGUGCAGGAAAAAAAUGCAAUGCCCUGUGGUGGAAAAGACUCAACUUUGAGAAAACUGGCCAUUCAUGCAACCAACAAGUACAGUAAAUAUCACGACUGUGCAAAACCAACUGACUUACCAUACAGGAAAGUUAAAAAAAACUGUAGUCGUGUUUCCAGUAACAAAUUUCUCUGAGCAUUUUCAAGAUUUGCAUGAGAAAAGCUAGAUGGAAACACCAAAAUUGAUACAAGCUUUUACGCUCACUUGAGGUGUUUUUUGUCUUUUUAGAAAAAUAGUUAAUACAGGAGAUGGAAACAUUUUUUUCCUGACGUAGCAAACAUUUAACUGACUGAUCAGCUGUUUCCUCUGACAUGAAAGAACAAUUAGAAGUUGAAUCUAAUUCCUGAAGACUUCUCUCCAUUUUCUCUCUUUUUGUUGUUGUUUUCUCUCUUCUUCACCUGUUUACUAGCCUACAGCGACACAUCACACUGCCAUCUGCUGACCAAAGGACGUUACUGCAGCUUUGUUUAUUCGCUCUGAUGGAAACCUCCCGAAUUCACACUGUCUUUAAUGCCACAUUUCUAAAUUUUGCUUCUUUGACUGUAAUGGAAACAGCUUUUUUCUGACAGAAAACUGUAACUGUGAAAUAUAAAUUGUACUUGUGAUGCAUUGGGAAUUGCUGGUGUUGUAACAUUUAGGAUUUGAAACCCAACUCGUGAAUA